UGCAGGAGAGGGGUCGCGGAAAAGCCGGGGAGGGGACUCGGCCGAGGGCCGGAGACGGACCAGAGCAGAGGCCCGGCACCCGCGCGCGGCCCCUCGCCCUUCCCGAGCAGGCGCCCCCAUGGCCCGACCCCGCUGAUUCCUUCACUCGGCCAUGCUCCCGCGGCCCCUGCGGCUGCUUUUGGACACGAACCCCCCCGGGGGAGUCGUGCUGAGCAGCUUCCGGAGUCGAGACCCCGAAGAGGGUGGGGACCCAGGUGGCCGGGCCGUGGGCGGGGGGCAGGAGGAAGAGGAUGAGGAAGAAGAAGAGGCUCCUUUGUCUGUCUGGGAUGAGGAGGAGGAUGGUGCCACCUUUACUGUCACAAGCCGCCAGUAUCGGCCCCUUGAUCCUUUGGCCCCCUUACCUCCUCCGCGGUCCUCCCGACGGCUUCGCGCUGGCACUCUGGAGGCGCUGGUCAGACACCUGUUGGAUGCCAGGACAUCAGGGGCUGACGUGACCUUCACUCCAGCCUUGCUGGCCACCCACCGGGCCUUCACCUCCACUCCUGCCCUGUUGGGGCUUGUGGCUGACAGGCUGGAAGCCCUCGAGUUGCAUCCUCAUGACGAACUAGAGAGGACCACAGGGGUAGCCAUCUCUGUACUUUCCACCUGGCUGGCCUCUCACCCUGAGGAUUUUGGCUCUGAGGUCAAGGGUCAACUUGACCGGCUUGAGAGCUUCUUGCUUCGGACAGGGUAUGCAGCAAGGGAGGGUGUUGUGGGGGGCAGUGCUGGCCUCAUCCGAAACCUUCGGGCCCGGGUGGACCCCCAGGCCCCCGACCUUCCUAAGCCCCUGGCCCUUCCUGGCGAUUCCCCUGCCGACCCCACGGAUGUCCUGGUGUUCCUCGCUGACCACUUGGCCGAACAGCUGACCCUGCUAGAUGCGGAGCUGUUCCUCAGUCUGGUCCCCUCUCAAUGUUUGGGAGGCCUAUGGGGUCACAGAGACCGGCCAGGACAUUCUCACCUCUGCCCGUCUGUCCGAGCUACCGUCACACAGUUCAACAGGGUGGCAGGGGCGGUAGUUAGCUCUGUCCUGGGGGCCACCUCAAUUGGAGAGGGGCCAGGGGAGGUGACCGUGAGACCACUCCGACCCCCGCAGAGGGCCCGGCUCCUGGAGAAAUGGAUUCGUGUGGCAGAGGAGUGCCGCCUGCUCCGGAACUUCUCCUCUGUCUAUGCUGUUGUGUCCGCUUUGCAGUCCAGCCCUAUCCACAGGCUCCGGGCCGCCUGGGGGGAGAUAGCCAGGGACAGCCUCAGAGUCUUUUCCAGCCUGUGCCAGAUCUUCUCAGAGGAGGAUAAUUACUCCCAGAGCAGAGAGCUGCUCGUGCAGGAAGCGAAGCGUCAGCCCACUGUGGAGCUGCACUCCAAGAAGGCCCCAAGGUCUGGCUCCAGGGGUGGGGGCGUGGUUCCAUACCUGGGAACCUUCCUGAAGGACCUUGUGAUGCUGGACGCAGCCUCCAAGGACGAGUUGGAGAAUGGCUACAUCAAUUUUGACAAGCGGAGGAAGGAGUUUGCUGUCCUUUCGGAGCUGCUGCGCCUCCAGAAUGAAUGCCGUGGCUAUGACCUCCGACCUGACCCCGAUAUCCAGCAGUGGCUCCAGGGCCUCCAACCCUUAACAGAAGCUCAGAGUCACCGUGUGUCCUCUGAAGUGGAGCCGCCUGGCAUCAGUGACUCCCCUGCUCCAAGAAUGCUUCGGCCAACACUAGUCAUCUCACAGUGGACAGAAGUUCUGGGCUCUGUUGGAGGCCCCACUCCUCUAGUGGCCUGGGAUCGGCCCAGCGCGGGGGCAGAUGAAGUGCCCGGAACCCCAGCUCCUCUGCUGACGCGGCUCGCCCAGCACAUGAAGUGGCCGUCCGUCUCAUCUCUGGACUCCGCCCUGGAGAGCAGCCCUGCUCUGCACAGUCCUGCAGACCCUGGCCACCUCUCUCCACCAGCGUCCUCUCCUCGGCCUUCUCGAGGUCACCGUCGCUCAGCCUCCUGUGGAUCUCCAUUGAGUGGGGGCACAGGAGAGGGGGCCUCUAGGAGUGCUGGAUACGGGGGAGGGGCAUCUGGGCCAGGGUCCUCUGAUUGCAGAAUUAUCCGAGUCCAGAUGGAGCUGGGGGAGGACGGCAGCGUCUACAAGAGCAUCUUGGUGACAAGCCAGGACAAGGCUCCAGGUGUCAUCAGCCGUGUCCUCAAGAAAAACAAUCGUGAUUCUGCUGUGGUGUCCGAGUUUGAGCUGGUGCAGCUGCUACCCGGGGAGCGCGAGCUCAUCAUCCCACACUCGGCUAACGUCUUCUAUGCCAUGGACGGUGCAUCCCACGAUUUCCUCUUGCGGCAGCGGAGGAGGCCUUCUGCCGCCACACCAGGUUCCCACAGCGGCCCCUCUGCCUCAGGAACUCCCCCAAGUGAGGGAGGAGGGGGCUCCUUCCCCAGGAUCAAGGCCACUGGGAGGAAGAUUGCACGGGCCCUGUUCUGAGGAGGAAGUCCUGUUGGUUUACAGAAGUCAGCACUCCCACCAGGUGUGAGCAGCCACCAAUGGUGGCUGCCACCCUGGGACAGCGAAGUCACAUGUUUACCAAAGCACUGCGGAAGCCAGCCCCAUGGGACUGGGGAUCAUAUAACCAAGUUGGAUGCCUGCUUAUCGCUCCCCGUCAGGGAACGUGGCUCAGUGUUCGUGCUGGAAAGAGUGCCAGCUCCUGCCACAUACUAGCCUGUGAAGGGCCAAGCAAAGGCCUAGAGGCUGUGCCCAGG